AUGGUCGAUAAUUCAGAAGCCAGUGCCUCCAACGAUAUCAAGGAACAAGACCGUUUGCUGCCUAUAGCAAACGUUGGCCGGAUUAUGAAGCAUAUUUUGCCACAAAACGCCAAGAUCUCAAAGGAAGCCAAAGAAACGAUGCAAGAAUGUGCGUCGGAAUUCAUCGGCUUUGUAACCGGAGAAGCAUCGGAAAAGUGCAGAAAAGAGAGGCGAAAGACAAUUAAUGGUGACGAUGUUUGCUGGGCUCUUGAAACUUUAGGCUUUGAUGAUUAUGCUGGACCAUUGAAAAGGUACUUGAAUAAAUAUAGAGAGGUAGAAGGAGAUAGGGCUAAUCAAAACAAGGCAGGUGUUAAUGAAGAAAUGGGAGAACCUUCAUGGAAUACAAGUAAUCAACCGAAAAAUUAA